AUGGCGAUGGUCAGUGCCUCACCCCUUUUGCUCCCCCCCUUCGAUGCGCUUCUGAGAACGCCGUUCGCGACCGUCGAUACACCAGCGGCAUUCGAUGCUGCCGUCGAGGCAUGCAGAAUCGGGCUAAAGAGUUGGACAGGCCAAAUCACUACAAAGGAGCUGGGCACCGUCAUGCGCUCUCUCGGCCAGAACCCUUCCGAGUCGGAGCUCCAGGACAUGAUCAACGAGGUCGACGCCGACAACAACGGCACCAUCGACUUUCCCGAGUUCCUGACUAUGAUGGCCCGCAAGAUGAAGGAUACCGACUCCGAAGAGGAGAUUCGCGAGGCUUUCAAGGUCUUUGACCGCGACAACAACGGCUUCAUCUCCGCCGCCGAACUGCGUCACGUCAUGACCUCCAUUGGUGAGAAGCUCACCGACGACGAGGUUGACGAGAUGAUUCGCGAGGCCGAUCAGGACGGCGAUGGACGCAUUGACUGCGGUGUAGACAACGAGUUCGUCCAGCUCAUGAUGCAGAAGUAA